AUGCAGAUCGUCGCCUUUUCCCGCCACGCAGGCCCAAAUUUGGGGAUUGAUUGCUUCAUUCCCCGAGAAAUGCCCCCUGCCCGCUACUCGACGCUGCUACCGUUGCGUCCUCCCCCGCUCGAGGCCCCGUCUCCUAGCCUGGCCAGAUUAAUCCCAUCCAUCUCCGACACCCACGCCCGCAACGAAUGGCAAGCGAGCCCGUUCCCGUCUAGGCACGGCCUCCUGCUCGCUAUCGGUGUCACCAUGCAUUCGUGGAAGAAGUUUGCGCUAGCUUUGCUGCCCACGACGGCGCCAGCUGUGCUAGGACAGCAUGUCGUGGACCUCAGCGGCGAUGGCUGGACUGUCUCGAGUAAGGCGCUGAAUAUUUCGGUGCCGGGGCGACUACCCUCACAGGCUCAUUUGGAUCUCUAUGCGGCAAAGGCCAUCGAUGACCCAUACUACGGCCUGAACGACUUCAAUCUCCGUUGGAUUGUAAACAACAACUGGACAUACACCAGCGACCCUAUCCAAGGGCUGUCAGUCAUCCCCACCACCCUCUUACCUUCUGGAUAUCAAUUGACUCUAGACAGAUCUUUGAGUUCAAAGACAUCUUUCCUCGUCUUCAAUGGACUCGACACUUUCACGACCAUUGAGGUUUGCGGGCAGGUCGUCGGAACAACAGAUAACCAGUUCCGCCAGUAUACCUUUGAUAUUUCCAACGCCCUCGGCAACUGCAAAGGGGAUCCCUACCUCGCCUUGCACUUUGGCAGCGCCCCUGAGAUCGUCAAUAAAAUUGCCGAAGAUCCCAAUUCUCAAACAUGGCCCUAUGGCCCACAGCAGAUCUACGAAUUCCCGAAUCGCUGGUUCAUGCGCAAAGAGCAGUCCGAUUUCGGAUGGGAUUGGGGCCCAGCCUUCGCGCCGGUCGGACCAUGGCAGAAGGCCUACCUCGUACAGUUUGACGAUGAAGAGAGCGUCUACGUGCUAAACACCGAUCUGGAUAUCUUCCGCAAGGGCCAAAUCAACCACCUGGCUCCCGACCAAAGCCAGCCCUGGGUCGUCAAUGCAAGCAUUGACUUCCUCGGAUCUCUUCCGGAUCAGUCAUCUAUGGCCAUUGAGAUCAAGGACGUCGAAUCAGGCAAGAUACUCAAGUCCGGUCCGCUCGAGAAUGGGUCUGUCUCCGGACAGACCAUCACUGGGUCUAUCACGGUUGACGCCGACGCGCCGAAACUCUGGUGGCCGAACGGCCUGGGCAAGCAGAACUUGUACACUGCCUCUAUCAAAAUCCAGAGCAAGGACGAGAAGAGUCUCGCAAGUGUGACCAAGCGCACUGGCUUCCGUACAAUCUUCCUUAAUAGGCUCAAUAUCACCGAGGAGCAACUGGCGCAGGGUAUUGCACCGGGCGCAAACUGGCACUUCGAAGUCAACGGCCAGGAAUUCUAUGCCAAGGGCUCGAACUUCAUUCCUCCCGAUGCUUUCUGGCCCCGAGUCACCGAGGACAAGAUGGAGCGGCUAUUCAAUGCCGUCGUAGCUGGAAACCAGAACAUGCUUCGUGUCUGGGCCUCUGGCGCGUAUCUUCCUGACUUCAUCUAUGACAUUGCAGACGAGCGUGGUGUUCUUCUCUGGAGCGAGUUCCAGUUCAGCGAUGCAAUGUACCCAACGGACCAGCCCUUCCUGGACAAUGUCGCACAGGAAGUCAUCUACAAUGUGCGACGCGUGAACCAUCACCCAUCGUUAGCUUUGUGGGCUGGCGGAAACGAAAUCGAGAGUCUCGAGCUGCCCCUUAUUAAGCAAGCGGAUCCCAAGCAUUAUUCCCACUGGGUGGGUGAGUACGAGAAGCUCUACAUCAGCCUGAUCCUGCCGCUGGUGUAUGAGAACUCGCGCUCAAUUUCCUACAUGCCCAGCAGCACCAACAACGGCUUCCUUUGGGUCAACAUGUCUGCGCCCGUCCCCAUGGCUGAGCGUUACGACAACACCACCAGCGGAUCCUACUACUCGGAUACCGACCACUACAACUACGACAGCAGAGUGGCCUUCGACUACAGAAGCUACCCGGUUGGUCGUUUCGCAAACGAAUUUGGCUACCACAGUAUGCCCAGCCUGCAAACCUGGAAGCAAGCAGUCGACGACGACGAGCUCCAAUUCAACAGCAGCACGGUUGUUCUCCGAAACCACCACUAUCCACCAGGCAAUACAGACACACACAACUUCCGGAACGCGUCAAUGGGCAUGGGCGAGAUGACCAUGGCAGUCGAGCGCUACUACCCAAUCCCGAACAAGCACGACUCCAUCGCCAACUUCAGCGCCUGGUGCGACGCAACCCAGAUGUUCCAGGCCGACAUGUACAAGGCGCAGAUUCAAUUCUACCGUCGUGGUAGCGGUAUGCCCGAGCGCCAGCUCGGCUCUCUGUACUGGCAGCUCGAGGAUAUCUGGCAAGCGCCCACCUGGGCUGGAAUCGAGUAUGAUGGCCGCUGGAAGAAGCUUCACUACAUGGCUCGUGAUAUCUACAAGCCUGUCAUCAUUUCGCCGUUCUGGAACUCUACCACCGGUGACCUCUCUGUGUAUGUCACGUCGGAUCUGUGGGAUACUGCUCGCGGCACGGUCAACCUUACUUGGGUGGAUCUAUCUGGCAAGCCUAUUGCUGGUAAUGCCGGCACGCCCCAGACUCAUCGCUUCACUGUCGGUGGAUUGAAUACCACUCAUAUUUAUUCGACAAAGUUGUCUGCUCUGUCACUGACUGACAAGUCAGAUGCCGUUUUGGUGCUGUCUAUGAAUGCCCGCGGUCGUCUGCCUAACUCUGACAGUUCGUCGGUCUAUACCUUCACUCACCGCAACCAAUUCACCCCUGUCUUUCCCAACAAGCUUUCUCUUAAGGAUCCGAAGGUCGAGAUCUCGCUUAAUGAGAAGAAUAGUACUUUUACGGUGGAGGCUAAGAAUGGUGUCUCGCUUUAUACCUGGCUGGAUUACCCAGCUGGUGUCGUUGGGUACUUUGAUGAGAACUCUUUCACCCUUCUCCCUGGUGAGAAGAAGACUGUUGGAUUCACUUUGCAGAAAGAUGAGACUGGUGGAAAGUGGUCCCAGGGUGUUACUGUUCGCAGUCUGUGGGAUCUUACCACGGAUUGA